AUGGCGAUCGUAGAACUGGAGGACACUGACGGGCAGCUGAAAGCCAAGGGGCACUAUCGAUGCUGUUUCAAGAAAUUGAAUAGCCGCCAAGCCUUUGGCGUAUUUAUCUUCUACGACGUGAUUGUGUGCGGAUUCCUGAUUUGGAUGCAAUUUCUCGCCUACCGCUAUCAUCAAAACCGACACGAGAUCUUGCAAAGAUUCAUCUCCAAUGAAACGAGCUCGAAAAUCACUGCCGAAAGCGCGUUGCCAGCCCCGGGUUUUCUCGUGCUCUACUCAUUCGGCAUGAUAAUCUUUGGGGCCAUCUGCGUUCACAAUCAGCGAUCCCGGCCUAUCCAAGUCUUCAGAAUAUUCUACAUCAUCGAAUACAUCUUGCACCUGGUUGCGAUGGGCGUUGUAUUUAUGGCGAUGACUACAGUUGCCGUUGCGAUACCUUCAUUUGCACUUGUCGUCAGCCACCAAGAAGGCCGUUUUGACGCUGGCCACGCAGCACUACUUACCUUUGCCGUCUUUUUCUGGCUUGUACCCCGAAUUUUCCUCGUCUCCAUCAUGCUGGUCGGGUUGUGGCGUGUGAAAAUCUGCUACGCCUACUACACCUACGCAUACGAAAAAGAGCUGAUGGAAUCUGCGGAGAACCCAGCUAUUCAAGCGACCACUGCA